UGAGAAAAACCUGCCUCUAAUAAAGAGCAUAAUCGCAGAAAGCUGAUGUGUGAGAGACUCCAGUCUUCCUCAACUCACGGUGGAGUAAAUCACAGGGUCGUAAUGCUGGGGAUCUGCUUGUGUUUGAGUGUUGCCGUCCACUUUGCGGUGUCUCAGGAAGCUGAAGCUCAGGAGCCGGUCACAUACACGUGCACUGAAGGGUAUGAGUUUGACUUUGAAAAGCAAAUCUGUAAAGAUAUAGAUGAGUGCAAAACAGUGCUGGAAGCUUGCAAAGGGGGCAUGAAAUGCAUCAACCACUUUGGCGGGUACCUCUGCCUACCUCACAAUGCUCGGAUAAUUGUCAGUAACGGUGAAGGUGAGCCCACUACUGCCCCGCCAGUGGAAAGAUUUCAGCCUGUGAUACCCCAAAUUUCCAGAGGCGAAUUCUCAAGGGUCAUUCAAAGCUCUUCGCACUCAAUCCAGUGUGGUGUCGGGUUCAUGCCAGACUCCCAGAACUACUGCAGAGAUGUGAACGAAUGUCUCACCGCAAACCCCUGCCAGCAUCAGUGCUACAAUCUGAUGGGCUCGUACAUCUGCCAGUGUGAAGUUGGGUUCGAGCUGGCUUCAGACUCUGCCUCCUGUCAAGAUAUCAAUGAGUGUGAAAUCUCCAACUACAUUUGCCAGUUCCAAUGUGUGAAUGAACCUGGAGCGUUCCACUGUGCUUGUCCAGAAGGAUACCAGCUCAAAGGACUGCGUAUAUGCCAAGAUAUAGAUGAGUGUGAAACAGGAGCACACAACUGCAGAGAAGAUGAAAUGUGUUGGAAUUAUUAUGGAGGGUACCGUUGCUAUCCCAAAGACCCCUGCCUCGAGCCAUACGUGAAAACAGGCGAAGGUCGCUGUAGGUGCCAGUCACAAACUGUUUGCCGUGGACUGCCGCCGGUCAUUGUGUACAAGUACAUGAGCAUCUUCUCUGAUCGCUCUGUGCCUGCGGAUAUCUUCCAGAUUCAGGCAACCAGUGUCUAUCCCAACAUGGUGAACACAUUCACAAUCAAAAACGGCAAUGAGGGAGGAGAAUUCUACCUGAGGCGCUCCAGCAAUGUAAAUGCCAUGUUGGUAAUGACCAAACCCUUGACUGGACCUCGAGAACAUGUUGUGGAUCUGGAGAUGGUCACCCAAAGUAACGUCUUGUCCUACCGUUCCAGCUCUCUGCUGAGACUCACCAUUGUUGUGGGUCCGUACCCUUUCUAAAUCCUCUAGAUUGAUCAAAUCAGCACUUUGGAUUUAUAUAUGUACUGCAGCUUACUGUGUUCAAAAUGUUCAUCACAACAUGAUCACCUGUUUGUGGUCUAGAUCAAUGGUUCUUACCUGGUUGGUUGCAAACCAAAAAAUGGUUCAGAAACCAGUAAAUAAUUGAUUUUAAGGUUUUUUUUAAAAUGUACCUUUGUAAAAUACAUCAUAUGUUGACAAUUUUUAUACUGUGUUGAGUCGCCAAUUAAUAUCCAAUGACCUGAAGUUUGCUGGGAACCACUGGUCUAGACUGGUCACAUUUUUACUGGAUUACAAACAGGAAUUGGUUUACUAAUCAUCAAAAAGUAAGUUGCCAGGUUUGUUGAUGUUUCUAAGUCAUUUAUAUUUGGUCUGACUGGGUAAUAUGAAGACCUAGAAAUAUCUGGAAAACAACACUACUGGUGACCAGAGAGAAACAAUUACAAAGUUUUACUCUGAAUAGCACUUAUAGGUUCUUCUUUGUCUUGGUAGUAAGAGUUUUGAAAGAUCCUUCUGCAUUGGAUGCAUGUUUUUAAAAGAGUGGUUUAUCCAAAAAGUGAGUCUGUCAUUAUUUAAUCACCAUAUGUUAUACAAAGCUCUUAUAACUUCUUUUUGCAUCUACAACAAAUGAGCUGAAGUGUGUUCCAUACAAUGAAUGUCAGGAAGAUACUGUUGAGUUCCAAAAAAUAUAUCCAAAAAAACCAAUCUAUAUGACUCAAAAUAUGAACAGACAAUAAAAUAGUCCCCACAGCGCUCACAUUUCAUUCGCAUGAAAUCCCAACAACACCCAACAGUCAAUAAUUUGGUCUGUUAAAGUGCAGUCACAUUAACUUUUUAAAUGACAGUAGCAUAUAGAUGUAUGAUGAACUAACAGAUGUCACUUUCAAAGAAAUCAGCUUUCUGAAUUUGCAUGUCCACUUGAAGUGAAAUCUGAGCGCAGAACCUUUUCGAAAUGCCAGAUUCUGAUUGACAACUGUGUGUUUACAUUGAAAAUCAAUCCAGGGGAACACAGAAGCACUCUCGGUAACAGAAAACUAUCAAAUAGCUAAAGAAGGCUUACAAUAACAUACAAGUCACAUGGACCUCUUUUAUGGUGCCAUUUUAAGUAGAUGUUGCUUUGGUUUGAUGCAGAGCAUUGCGAACAUUCUACCAAACUUCUCAAUUUUGAGUUUCUGAUAAGAGGAUGAGUAAAACAGGACAGAUUUUCAUUUUUGAAUAAACCAAACUUUUAACCUGCCAAUAAGUCAAAGCUUUACAUUUCUCUUAGAUGGAACAUGUAGAAGCAGAAUGUAUUUUAGUGCUUAUGUACUUCGGAGCUUAUAGAUUUCUUCAAUUUUUCGCAAGGGAAAUGUGUUUUAUAGGUGGAACAUGUGGAUAAGGCAAACAGAACUGCAUAGCGUUAGGUGGAACAGUUUGUGUUGUAAUCUAAUGGCAUCCUUAGCUAAUGGAAAUCUCUGAAUGCGUCCUCCGCCUUGCGAAUACUCCAGAAAUGACCUCCUAUCCUAUGAGAAUAAGGCAAUAAUGUUUUGGAAACAGAAGUGAUGUUUUCAGGAAAUUGCUGGCAAGGGUUUUGGGUCGCAUAAGCAAUGGAACUCUUGCCUAACAUGUCUGUAUGUUUGCCAGAGCAGCGUUUGAUCUUCUGCAGUGUUUCGUGUUGAUGGUCUGUGACAAACACUGUUACUUAAACCGUUGCGUCACGCUCGGCGUCCCCAGAGACAUGGUGGUGGGUGAGGCCAGAAUGGUUCGUGCACCACCAUGUUAAAUGAAAUUUGGCAAGCGAUCUCUGCAUUGAGACUUCGUAUUGCAAUUUAAUACGCUUACAAAUUAAAUCUGUAUGUUUUCUAAUCAGUGACUUUGAUUAAGUAAAUUUGAACGCUCCCUCUUUUUUGGUUAUUGAGAUCAUCUAAAUUGAUGUGGACUGGUUGUUUCUGCUCACUGAGGACAACAAAUGUCUUAAAAAAUGGAUUUAAAUCUUACGUUCAGGAAUUAACUGUAUUUUUUAUCAGUAUGCUCUCAAGUUGCACUGUUUUUACUCAUUCAUAGUGCCAUUUAUUCUGCUGUAAAGUGUUUUGGAAAUAAAUAUAAAUUCAAAAACA